ACAAAUAGAAAAUAUAAUAAACAAGGCAAAUCAUGCAUAUACACUUAAGAUUCCAUGAUAUAUACUUUUCUGCUCCAUGCAGCCUCACUCUUCUUCUUCUCACCCUCAAAAUGUCAGAGAUUAUUGCUGUAGACCCCAUAAACGAUGAUCGAAAUCAAGCUAGCAGCAGCACCAGCACAAGCAGAAGAGGCUACACUAGAGAUGAUUCGCGUCCCUUCACGAGAUCCCUCACUAUGGGGCGUGAUCAUGUCACUGAGCCCUUUGACAGUGAGAAGUUGCCUGUCACUUUGGUUUCUGAGAUCCAAAGAUUUCUUCGCGUCGCUAACUUGAUUGAGGUUGACGAGCCUCGGGUUGCUUAUUUAUGCCGUUUUCACGCCUUUGAAGUCGCGCAUAACUUGGACAGGAACUCAAGUGGGCGGGGGGUUCGGCAAUUCAAAACUUCUCUUCUUCAGCGGCUUGAGCAGGAUGAAGAAGUCACAAUUAGGAAAAGGAAGGAUAAGAGUGAUCUAAGAGAACUACGACGUGUAUAUAGACAGUACAAAGACUACAUCAUCAAGCAUGGUGCCGGAGAAUAUACUUUGGAAAUUAGGGAAAAGUUGCAGAAAGCUCGUGCGAUUGCAUCUGUUCUAUUUGAAGUGCUGAGCACAGUUACUUCAGCAGCAGGCACCCAGGCACUUGCUGAGACUGAUCAUUCGAGAUCUGAAUUCUACGUGCCUUAUAAUAUUCUCCCUCUUGAUCAAGGAGGCGCUCAUCAACCUAUAAGGCAACUUCCUGAGAUCAAAUAUGCGAUAGCUGCUGUACGAAACGUCCAUGGCUUGCCUUUCUUGGAUGAGUUUCAGAGGCGCAUGCCGGAUAUGGAUAUGCUCGACUGGCUUCAGUUUUGCUUCUCAUUUCAGAACGGAAACAUAGCCAACCAGAGGGAGCAUUUGAUCCUUCUACUUGCUAAUGCCCAUGUUCGUCACUCUCAUAAACAAGCACCAAAGUUAGGGGAAGGAGCAGUGGAUGAACUAAUGAAGAAAUUCUUCAAAAACUACACAGAGUGGUGCAAGUUUCUUAACCGAAAAAGUAACAUCAGGUUGCCAUACUUGAAACAGCAAGCCCAACAGUAUAAACUUUUGUACGUUGCGCUUUAUUGCUUGAUAUGGGGAGAAGCAGCAAACUUAAGGUUCAUGCCGGAAUGUCUCUGUUACUUAUUUCACCAUAUGGCAAGUGAGUUGCAUGGUAUGUUGAGUGGUGCAGUGAGUAUAGAAACGGGAGAACUAGUGAAGCCCGUGUAUGGAGAAGGACACGAGUCUUUCCUUAGACACGUUGUUUCACCAAUCUACACGGUUAUAUGGGAGGAAGCUAUGAAAAACAGAAACGGGAUGACAGAUCACUCGACAUGGAGGAACUAUGAUGACUUGAAUGAAUUUUUCUGGUCUCCAGAUUGCUUCGAGAUAGGUUGGCCGAUGCGUCUGGAUCAUGAUUUCUUUUACACUAACCCUUCAAAUAGUAGAAAAAAGAAGAAGAAACUCCGAACACCAGACAAGACUCCUGAAGAAGAGAGAAUCAACAUUGAUGAAGACGAAGAGAUGGGAGAACCUGUAGAAGAAGUGAAGGAGCCACAGUGGUUAGGGAAGACGAAUUUUGUUGAAAUCCGUUCGUUGUGGCAGAUUUUUAGAAGCUUUGACAGAAUGUGGAGCUUCCUUAUUUUAUCCCUUCAGGCAAUGAUCAUAGUGGCAUCCCAUGAUCUAGAAUCUCCUUUAGAAUUUUUUGAAGCAUCCGUGCUUGAGGACGUUAUGAGCAUCUUCAUCACAUCAGCAGUCCUUAAAUUCAUCCACGCCAUCCUUGACGUUGUCUUCACAUGGAAAGCUAGAUGCACGAUGGAUCAUAAUCGCCAUCGUAAAGAUUUGCUGAAGAUACUAGGGGCAAUGAUAUGGACAAUUAUUCUCCCUAUAUACUAUUCGACGUCUAGGAAAAAAUAUACAUGUUUUUCUACUCAAGAAGGGAGCUGGCUCGGUGAUUGGUGCUACUCUUCCUACAUGGUAGCAGUUGCAUUCUAUCUGAUUACCAAUGGAGUCAACAUGGUCCUCUUUCUUGUGCCUGCAGUGGGAAGAUAUAUUGAGACCUCGAAUACUCGAAUAUGCACAGUUUUCUCCUGGCUGGCGCAGCCUAGACUAUACAUCGGAAGAGGAAUGCAAGAGAGCCAAGUAUCCGUGCUUAAGUACACUUUUUUUUGGAUGCUGUUACUACUAAGCAAAUUCACAUUCAGCUACACAUUUGAGAUAAAACCUCUCAUACAACCAACGAGGCAGAUCAUGAGGAUCGGGGUUAAGAACUAUGAUUGGCACGAGCUUUUUCCUAAAGUGAAGAGCAACGCUGGCGCCAUAGCAGCUAUCUGGUCGCCUAUUAUCCUCGUGUAUUUCAUGGAUAUACAAAUAUGGUAUUCUGUUUACUGCUCUGCCUUUGGUGGAGUUUUCGGAAUUCUCCACCAUCUUGGUGAAAUUCGUACACAAGGAAUGCUGAGGAGUAAAUUCGAUAAUUUGCACUUGGCAUUCAAUGACUGGCUUCUACCGCCCCCGGCUAAAGACAACAAAGACGGAAUCAGAAUGUGGCUCUGCCAGCCAGGAUUUCUAAAGGGUUUAGAGAAAAAGAAGGGAGGAGUUCUCAAGUUUGCUCUUGUGUGGAACCAAAUCAUUAGUAGCUUCCGGGAGGAGGACCUGAUUAGUAACAGGGAAAUGGAUUUGAUGAAAAUACCUCUUUCAUCAGAAUUGCUUAAUGAAAACAAUAAUGUCCGUUGGCCUGUUUUCCUCUUAGCAAAUAAGUUCUCAACGGCUCUGAGCAUUGCUAGAGAUUUCGUGGGAACAUACAGCAGUCUCCUGAAAAAGAUCAAAAGGGACAAAUACAUGCACAUGGUUGUAGUUGAAUGCUACGAAUCACUUAAAGAGAUCUUAGAUAUCCUCGUGGUAGGCGACAUGGAGAGAAGAGUGGUAUUUGGUGUGAUUGAUGAAAUAGAAGAGAGCAUUGGAAAAAGAUCACUUCUUGAGGACCUCCGCAUGAGUGAGUUGCCGACUUUGCUUGCUCUUUGCACUAAAUUGAUCAAGCUACUGGUUGAAGGCGAAGAAGAUCAUCGUUACAGAGUUGUGAAGACGCUCCAAGACAUUCUUGAGCUUGUAACAAAUGAUUUGUUCAUAAAUGGCUCCAGAACAAUGGAAUUGUUUAAACAAGAACAGCAGCAAGAGGGAGUCAGAACUGAAUUCUUCGAUCCUCCCGAUCCAGAAUUAUUUGCUUCAUUGCAUGCUAUCCAUUUCCCUUUACCAGAUUCUGGCCCUUUAAUGGCAAAGGUUAAGCGCUUUCGUUUGCUGCUUACUGUCAAAGAUACAGCAAUGUACAUACCUUCAAACCUGGAAGCUCGAAGGCGAAUAUCAUUUUUUGCUACUUCUCUGUUUAUGAAUAUGCCUAGAGCUCCAAAAGUUCGUAAUAUGUUGUCAUUCAGUGUUUUGACUCCAUAUUUUAUGGAACAAGUUAAGUUUUCGAGUAGAGAGCUUCACUCCAGCAAAGAAGGAGUUUCCAUUGGAUUUUAUAUGCAAAAGAUAUUUCCAGACGAGUGGGAAAAUUUUCUGGAGCGCAUGGGAAUUGAAAAUGAAGAUGACAUGAGUGAGGAUGUGAAUGAGGAAGAACUAAGAGACUGGGCUUCGUUUCGAGGCCAGACUCUAAGUAGGACCGUCCGAGGAAUGAUGUAUUACAGAAAAGCACUGAAGUUACAAGCUUUUCUUGAGAUGUCUGAGCACGAGGAUAUUCUUCAAAGCUAUGAAGCGAUUGAUAGGGCGAACGACACUUUAUCAGCGCAGCUUGAUGCAUUAGUAGACGUGAAAUUCAGUCACGUUGUUUCAUGUCAAAUGUUUGGAGCACAAAAGGCCUCGGGUGACCCUCAGGCUCAAGACAUACUUGAGCUGUUGAUAAGGCAUCCCUCGUUGCGCGUGGCUUAUGUCGAGGAGAAGGAAAACUUUGAGGUGGAUGGGCCUCCCAAAGUCUAUUCUUCUAUCCUUGUCAAAGCUGUUAAUGGUUUUGAUCAGGAAAUCUACCGGAUAAAGCUGCCAGGACCUCCAAACAUUGGGGAAGGGAAACCUGAGAAUCAAAACCAUGCUAUCAUUUUCACACGCGGUGAAGCUCUUCAAGCCAUUGAUAUGAACCAAGAUAACUAUCUUGAAGAAGCUCUCAAGAUGAGGAAUUUAUUGCAAGAGUUUCUACGGCCUCAAAGAAGGAGCCCUCCGACUAUCAUUGGCAUGAGAGAGCACAUAUUUACCGGAAGUGUUUCUUCUUUGGGAUGGUUUAUGUCAUAUCAAGAAACCAGCUUUGUAACAAUAGGCCAAAGACUUCUAGCAAAUCCACUUAGAGUAAGAUUCCAUUACGGACAUCCAGAUUUAUUCGACAGGAUAUUUCACUUGACUAGAGGCGGCAUAAGCAAGGCAUCAAAGACCAUAAACUUGAGUGAAGAUGUGUUUGCAGGAUUCAACACCACGCUACGUCGUGGACAUGUAACGUACCACGAGUACAUGCAAGUUGGCAAGGGCCGUGACGUUGGACUCAACCAAAUCUCAAAGUUUGAAGCCAAAGUGGCUAAUGGAAACAGUGAGCAAACUCUUAGCCGUGACAUAUACCACCUUGGGAGACGCUUUGACUUCUUUAGGAUGCUUUCCGUUUACUACACAACCGUUGGCUUCUACUUCAACAGCUUGAUAUCUGUGAUUGGAGUGUAUGUGUUCCUCUACGGACAGCUUUACCUCGUCCUCAGUGGCUUACAGAGAGCUCUGCUUUUCGAGGCAAAGGUGAAGAACAUCAAGUCUCUGGAAACAGCGUUGGCGUCUCAAUCAUUCAUACAGCUCGGGUUGUUAACCGGUUUGCCAAUGGUGAUAGAGUUAGGUUUGGAGAGAGGUUUCCUCAACGCCCUCAAAGAUUUCGUACUGAUGCAGCUUCAGUUAGCUUCUGUUUUCUUCACCUUCUCUUAUGGAACAAAGGCUCAUUACUAUGGCAGAACCAUCCUGCACGGGGGCGCCAAAUAUAGGCCAACCGGGCGCAAGGUGGUGGUCUUCCACUCGAGCUUCACUGAGAACUACAGGCUAUACUCACGGAGCCACUUUGUGAAGGGGUUCGAGCUUCUUAUUUUGCUGAUUGUGUAUGAUCUGUUUAGGCGGUCGUAUCAGAGCAGCAUGGCCUAUGCACUGAUCACCUACGCAAUCUGGUUCAUGUCGCUGACAUGGCUGUUCGCGCCCUUUCUGUUCAAUCCAUCCGGAUUCGACUGGGGCAAGAUUGUGGAUGACUGGAAGGACUGGAACAAGUGGAUCAAGCAGCAGGGUGGGAUUGGGAUUCCUCAGGACAAGAGCUGGCAGUCGUGGUGGAUCGAAGAGCAGGCUCAUCUCCUGCACUGUGGGAUCGCGUCUCGCCUCAUUGAGUUCAUCCUCUCCAUCAGAUUCUUCCUCUACCAAUAUGGAUUGGUGUAUCACCUUGACAUAUCAGGGCAGAACAAGAACUUUGUUGUGUAUGUCCUUUCUUGGAUUGUCUUUGUCAUCAUUUUCCUCCUUCUCAAGGUUAUCAAUGUGGGGAAGAAGUAUCUGAGUGCUGAUCACCACCUUGCAUUUAGGCUGUUCAAGGCCUUCAUUUUCAUGGGAGUGGUGGCAACAAUUGUCACUCUCUCUCUCAUCUGCCAUCUAUCCAUGAGGGAUCUCAUUGUUUGCUGCUUAGCCUUUCUGCCUACUGGAUGGGGCAUGAUACUGGUUGCGCAAAUAGUGAGGCCGACGAUCGAGGGCACGGGCUUGUGGCACUUCGUGAGGGUGUUUGCUCGGGCCUACGACUAUGGGAUGGGCGUGAUCCUCAUCGCGCCCCUCUCAGUCCUGGCUUGGCUGCCGAUUAUAUCAGCUUUCCAGACGCGUUUCCUGUUCAACGAGGCGUUCAGCCGGAGGCUGCAGAUCCAGCACAUUCUGGCUGGGAAGAAGAAGCAUCAGUCAUGAGUCUGCACCAUUCAUUCAAAUGAAUGUAAAUACACAAACACACAAUAUUUGUGGAUGUAUAUCAACUUAGUUUAGGUCAUCCUUUUUUUCUUUAUACAAGAUAGAGAAACAAGUUCAAUAACUUAAUUCAUUGAUGAUUUUUUUUCAUCUACAUAAGUUCAUAGUGAAAAAUCUUCAACUCCA